GUGGUGUUAAAUACUUGUUUUCGUUUUCGGUUCACGUGGUAUCACCCAUUUCAUCUCAAAAUAGAAAUGUAACAAUAUCGUGUUUCUAAAUCGCAAUAUAUGUCCCGGGUUGAAGUUUCCACCUGCAAGUUUCGUAAUUGUUGUCUUCUUUGUGAUAUUUCUUGAAAAUGGGCAGAAACAGUAAAAAACAAAUGGAUAGAACUGUCAAAUUAAGGAAUAAACAUAACCUUCAUUCAGAUAAACAAGAACUGAAGGAAAGUGUGGAACAUUUACUCAAACUCAGCAGUUCAAUACCUCAGCCAACAAUAAUAACAAAAGCAUUGGAUAAUCAUAACGAAAUCGCAAUACUUUUAGAUAAGAUAAAAAAUCUAGAACUGAACAAAUCAAAUCCAGAUAAUGGAGAGAGUAGUGUUCGUAAUUCACCUGAAAAACUUUCAUUAUUUUCCAACUGGUUGAAAGCAAAUGGAGCAGUUUUUGAUGGAUGCUCUAUAGCCGAAUUUCCUGGCUAUGACUUAGGUUUGAAAGCAGAUAUUGAUAUCCCCUAUGGGUCACUUUUCAUAGCAGUGCCAAAGAAGUUGAUGUUGACUCUCGAGGCUGCAAAAAAAUCCAUUCUGAAGAAAUUCAUUGAAAGGGACCAGUUACUUAAAAAUAUGCCAAAUGUCGCCUUAGCCAUAUAUCUGUUAGUGGAAAAGUUCAAAGAAAAUUCAUUUUAUAAGCCAUAUAUAGAUAUUUUACCCAAGACAUACCCUACCGUUCUUUAUUUCUCUAAACAAGAACUUAAUGAAUUGAAAGGAAGCCCUACGUUGGAAGUCGCCUUGAGACAAAUACGAAGCACUGCUCGACAGUAUGCUUAUUUCCAUACAAUUUUUUCCUCCACUGAUGAUAAUGUGAGCAGGUUAUUGAAAGCCCAUUUCACUUAUGAAGAAUAUUGCUGGGCUGUGUCCACCGUUAUGACACGUCAAAAUUUCAUACCUUCCGACGAUAAUGAGACUAAAGUAGCCGCACUUAUACCUCUUUGGGAUUUAUGCAACCAUACAAAUGGAAUGAUAUCCACAGAUUUCAAUCCUGAAUUGAGCAGAAGCGAAUGUUUGGCCCUCACAGACUUCAAAAAAGGCGAACAAUUAUUUAUUUUUUAUGGUCCAAGAACGAAUGCUGAGUUCUUUAUCCAUAAUGGGUUUAUUCCCUCAGGAAACGUAUAUGAUUCCUACCCUAUAAAGCUUGGUAUCAGCAAAUGUGAUCCGCUGAAAGAAAAAAGGAUUUUACUUUUGCGAAAAUUAGGUCUGGAGAAUACACAGGAAUUCAAAUUAAGGAUUGGAGAGAAUCCUAUUGAUGGGAAACUUCUGGCGUUUUUGAGGAUAUUCAAUAUGAGUCAAGAUCAGCUAGAUCAUUGGGUUGAAAGCAACAGGUCUGGAGAUCUGGAGUUUAUCGAAUGCGCACUGGACGUGUCUCUAGAGAAGAAAUCUUGGUGUUUCUUACAAACCAGACUGAAAUUGAUGUUAGCAACUUAUCAGACUACGCUAGAAGAGGAUAAAAAACUCCUGGAGGAAAACAAAUCGUCAUCGAAUACGGUAUUGGCUGUGAAAAUGAGAGCGUCAGAAAAGGAAAUAAUUUGGAACACCCUCAAUUGGCUAGAACAGCACGUGCAGCAAUGAAGUGAAAGAGGUGAAUCCAUGAUCAUUUUGAAAGAUGUACAAAUGUCGAUUCCUAUGAAUUUU